AACCGUUUCGAGUUUCACAUCACCGCCGCGCACACAGUGUCAGUGACUUCAACGCCCGGCUCAGUUUCUGGCUGUCUUUCUAUGACGGUAUACCGCGUGCGCGCUUGAGUUUCCGUUACCCGCUCAGUACAUGAUAAUAAUAAUAUCUCGGUGAUUUUUUUUUUAUUAUUUACUAUUGAUUUAUAUACAUUUUUUUUUUAUUAUUUUAAUAAAAAUAACAACAAAGAACAUAAGUUCAACCGAUUGGCCCAGUUCCUUUUUUUACUCGCACGGUCCUUUUGUUGACAUUGUUUUUUGUUUGUCUACAAACAAAUUAAUAAUUUUAAUAUUAAUUAUUGUUUGUAAAUUCAAGUUUUGUGUAGUGCGUGUAUGUGUGCGUGUGCUUACGUAUAUUUUGUUUGAAAAUAUACGUGUAUAAAACGUCGCGGACGGUGUGAUCAACACAAAAAUGUGAUUUAGUGUCAUUACAACACGAUGUGGAGGAGUAAUUUUAAAAUGACCAUGCUACUGCUGCUUGUUAUCACCAUAAUAGGUGUGGCGUGCGGCGAAAACGACAGCGGACGUUCGGACGGAGUGGUACGAGUGGUGCGCAGGCGGCACCUCGACGAGGCGACCAAGGCGGGCCAUGAAUCGAACGAGAUAGACGACGACCACCAUGCGCGGGCCGACAUGUCGCUGACGCAGGCCGAACAAUUCAAGUCGACCGCGGCGGCGUGCGGCGGCGCCGAGUGCGGUGAAAUGUCGCAAACCGAGCGGGCCGCUCCGGCGGCGGUGCUCGACGGCGACGACUCUCAACUGAUCGCGUCGUCUGCGGUCCAUCCGUCGACGGCGGACGAACAGACGUCCGAGUCGCAAUACUAUUACGAGUACGUGGGACCGACAAAGAUCGGUUCGGGGGAAGCCAAGAGGGCUUCGUCGCGUGGCAGAUCACUCGUACCGACGGAGCCCGAUACUGCAGCGCAACAGUCGCAGCAGGGACGACAGCAGCAGCAGACGGAUGUGGCGGCGGUGACGGACCGUCAGCAGAUCCGUAAGGCGGGUAACAGCGACAUGGAAGACAUACUGGACGGGUUCGUCAAGCUGCUGAACGGUCAGCCCGGUCAAGCCGGUUACCGGCAGCCCAUCAAAACGCGCAUCAACAACCGCGGUCCUCCGCGCAUAGCGGACGCUUCGGUCGUAUUGGAACCGCCGGCGUUCGUGCCGAUGCCGCAACACCAGCACCAACACCAGCCACAGCAACAGCACCCGCACCAGCAACAGCUACCGGCCCAGAACAAGCCCAAAGACCCGCCGCCGUAUCCGUUCGACGUGCCGCAGCCCGUCCGGCCGCUGCCGCCGCAACCGCCCAACCUCGUCAAACCGUUCUUGACCGGCGUGCCGUUGCCCGAACAGUUGGUACCCACCGACAGCAGUGGCGACGACGACGACGAGCUGGGCCCGCCGUCUUUGCAGUACGAAGACGACGUGUCGCACCUGCCGACGGCGUCCAGACGACCGGUGCAGCACGUGCAGACGGUCAAACCGCAACAAGAAUACGACUUGUUCGCGGAUGGCCACCCGCACGGCGCCGGCGGUCACGGGCCUUCGACCGCUUUUAGACCGAUCGAAAACGUGACAGAAAAAUUCACGGUGGACGCGGCUUCGUCGCUGUCGCCACCGGCGGCCUCGGACAGACCGGCUGCGGUUACUGUCGCCGAGAGACCGACCACGACGGACAAACCGUGGUCGGCGAUCGACAUCAACGCGACCCGUGUGAUCGGCCUCCAAGUGUCGAAAAUCGUCGACCACUUGACCUCACCGGUGGUUCCCGCUUCGCCGAUCGGAGUGACCGAUCACACCGCAGCCGCCGCCACCGCCGCCGCGCCCACGACGACGACUACAACCACUACUACCACUACCUCCAGCACCAGCAGCAGCAGCACCGCCGCGGAAUCCACGUCCACGACGACUGCCGCUCGACCGGAAACCACGUUGGCCGGCGAACACGUGACCGGCGUCGGUUCGGCUGUCGUUGUCCUAGAGCCGUCCACUUCGGAGGAACCGCAUCGUGACGACACGCACAAACCCACAGACAACAAGCUUCCCAGCAAGCCCACGCCGCCCGUCAAGAAGGCUCCUCAACAGUCAGAAGGAUUCCCGUAUUACUCACGCCCGGGGAUCGUGCUGGACGAUCCAGAAUUCAAACCCCACAUCGGAGGCCAGAGACGUCCUAUUCAAGUGCAGGUACCCAGUAAAGGUGACGUGUUCGACAUAAUGGUGUCCGCCAUACAAGGGCCGGGUGACAAGCCAGCACUGCUCAGUCCUGACGAAAUAUCCCCGUCGGGUGUCGGAAAAGGAGAAGUGUCCGUGAUAACGUCGGCAGAACCGAACCAGCAGUUCGUAUCCAUCGACGGUAAACGCACGUACAUCAACUUGUUCGGUUCAGCGGAACCAACUGCGGUGGCGCCUCAGUCCAUAAAGCCGACCAGCGCUGCUUCCGGAUCAUUUUCGGUCAGUCAAGUGCUACAGCCACACGGCGCAUCCAAUCCGCAGGGAUCAGCGCCGCCGUCGCCGCCAAGCGGUGGCAAACCGUCAGCGCCAGCCUGGAAACGGCCUACACAUCCGCCAGUGAGGAUCGACACUUGCAUCGUGGGCGACGAUACGACGUGCGAUGCGGCGCAGCAUGAGAGGUGCCGCACCGAGCUCGGCGUGUCCUCGUGCCUCUGCAGGCCCGGAUACAGCAGACGAAAGCACCGGGACCCGUGUCACAGAAUCGUAUCCAUCGUUUUUUCGCUACGCGUUGAUCGGUUAUAUGACAAUAAGAUCACGUGGACAGAAAAGUAUAAGGAUUCCGAGACCCAAGAGUACCAACAACUUGAACACGAAGCAGUUAGAGCGAUCGAUUCGGCGUUUUCGAUGACACCGUUUUCGGAUACGUUCGUCGGCGUCAAGAUCAACAACGUGUACAUGUCCAAGACGACACCUGGCAUGCCGGUCAUGGUUAAUGCUACGGUGCAGUUGACGGAGAACGCAGAACACUUGCGGUCGACCGUCAAGCAAGACGUGCAAAAACAACUGACGGGCGCGUUGCAGAGGCGAAACAACAACGUGGGCACCAGCGGCCUGUGGGUGGAUUCGCCGGCCGGCGCAAUAUCUCAACUUCACGAUCUUGACGAGUGUAACAGCCCGGAACUGAACGACUGCCAUCCGUUGGGCAAAUGCACGAACGUGUUCGGCACGUUCCAAUGCGCGUGCCCGGACGGUUACAGGGAUCCGUGGAUUGGAAAUGCUCAGCGCAGUGGUCGGACUUGCGAGACUUGCGACCCGGGCCAGUGUAACCUCCGGGGAGAAUGCUUCUUCCAGGCAGGACAGCCGGUGUGCAAGUGUUCGGGAUCGUUUUACGGAUCGCAGUGCGAGAUCGACGGCGAAGUACUGAGUGUGGCAGUCGGCUCUUCCAUUGCCGCCAUAUCCAUCAUCGUGCUGACGCUGGUGUGUCUGUGCGCGUGGAGUCGCCGUUGGAACAAGGAGCAGAAAGUAGGCUCGCCCGUGUUCGGGUACAUGCCGACCGGCGGCAGCACUGUGAAAACGCCCGUGAUCGGCGGCCCCCCGUACCAGGUGUCCAUCGAGGACCGCAUGAGAUGGGCCCAGAUCGCCGACGCCAUGGCGCACGCCAACCACUAUGCCCCCGAACCGGUAAACGGCACCAUGCGGUCGAACAUGUUUGGUUACGCGGGCGCACCGAUGCCGCUGCCCAGGCUUCGGCCGCCGGGCACGAGCACGAUUUCGCAUGCAUUCCGCACGCCGGAGUCGAGCACCAGCGAAGAAGAGGACCGGACUGAUCUGCUGGGCCGCAGCUUUCAGACCUCGUCCAGACCGAAAAGCCGAUCUUCCUUGGCCAAUCAGAGCGGAAUUUACUACGACGUGGAUUACGAACAACAGCAGGGCGAAAUGACGUUCUCGCCCGGUUGCAUUCCGCUGAGCACGUACACCAUUGGCAGCCGCUCAAACUACUACCGAUGAUGACGAUGACGAUGAUGACGAAAACCUUGCGAUACAGUAUAGAUGAUGAAUAUCGCACGUGUACUGUAUAUGUGUUAUUAUUAUUAUUAUUAUCAUCGUUUAAGCGACACAGACUGAGGACAUAAAACGCUUUACACGUAACCCAAUAAAAUAAUAAUUAUAUAUACCUACACUGUUAUUGCUGUACACCCUACACACACACACAUAUAUAUAUAUAAAUAUAAUAUUAUAUAUAUGCCAUUGAUGAAAAAAAACCAAACAUGUAAUAAUAAUUUAUGUUAAUUAUAAAUAUAUUUUUAUGUUAAAUUUUUAUACAUGUAUUAGUAUAAAAAUAAGCGUCCGAGCCGUAUAUUAUUAUAAAAUAGUUAUGACUUAUGUUUUUAUAAUUAAUACAACGAUAUUAUAGUACCUACAUAGGUAAUAAUAAUUUAUUGUAACGUAACUAUAUGGACUUGUCGCACUUUGUGCAUUCGGCGUGAUGUCACUGACCGGUUGACUUGGUGAUAUCACCCCGAGAGCGGCUGAAGACAAUAUCACUAUUAAAUUACUAUUAUUAUAAUAUUAUGUAUAAUACCUGUAAUAUCAACGACGUUAUAUGAUAAAAUAAUAUGUAAUAUUUGUGUGCGUUAAAUGCAUAUGUAUUCGCAGAUCGGUAAAUAUUUUUAAACAUAGAAUCGUUGUAUAUAAUAUAUUAUAAUACUUAUAUUAUUAAUAAUGUAUAUGUAUAUACUCGUAAAAUAAUAAACGCGAAAAAAUGUCCAAAAGAUCUAUACAUAUUAUAUGGACACUGUCGAUCUAUUUAAUAUAAUUUCAUAUAUUAUAUUAUACACCUAGAUUAUUGUUAUAUAAUAUUUACGCUAAAAAAAAAUCGCGAUUCUCUAGCACAUUAACGUAGCAAUGUUAUGUAUAGUAUCGUCCGUUGAUCGGAGUCUUGAUAUAUAUAUUAACGUUUAUCGAUAGACGAGUGCCAUAUAAACGUUUGCACACAUUCGAAAUAACAACAUUAUAAUAUUAUAUUAUAAGCAUACAAGUUUCCUCAAUAUUAUUAUAGCUUUAUUUUUAUAUUGUAUACAAUUAUUGAUUAUUAUACUGAAAAAAUUCAGCUUUUGGAUUUUCUUCUCUUCGUUUUUUCUUAUUUUUACACCAUCAGUUAGCACGUUUUACAAUACCCAUAUAAGACCGUGAUCAAAUGUAGAAAAAAAAAAUUUCAACAAUCUCUAAACCUAAACUGUACAUAUUAUAUUAUUUAUUAUAAUUUUUUUUUAAUUUUAUUAUUAUUGUAUAAGGCUCUAUAAGUGUCAACUCGAAUCAUAUAACAAGCUGUAUUAUUAGCUAAUUAUAUAGUUAUUUAUAUAAUAGUAUAAUUAUAAAUUGUAUACGUGUUAUGUAGUUUAAAAAAUAUAUGUGUUUGUAUAUUCUAUAAUGUUCAUUUAACACGUUUUAUUCAUAAAAAUGCGAUAAUGAUGAGUGAAUAAAUAGCCUGGACACAUACAAGUCGUAAUAAAGUAACGAAGAAUGUAUCAUUAUUAAUGAUCAAAUACUAAAAUAAUAUGUUCUACUAAGAAUAUAGUCGUGCUCACAAAGUUAAACUUGGUAA